AUGUCGCUAUACGACCCGCUGGGCCUCGCCUCACCUAUAACAAUCAGGGCGAAACAAAUACUACAAGAAGCCUGGAGGCGGGGAGUCGACUGGGAUCAACCUCUCGAUGAAGAACUAUCAAGCCAGUGGAGGGCGUGGAUAAGUCAUCUCGAACAGCUGAAGAACGUAAACAUACCGCGCUGUUAUCCUGGGUACAGCGAGGCUACAGAAAUACAAGUACACGUGUUCACCGACGCCAGUGAGAAGGCCUACGCUACAGCGGUGUACUGGAGGUCAACGACCCGUGACAACAACGUGCACGUCAGCCUCGUCAUGGCGAAGGCGAAGGUGGCGCCGCUGAAGCUGCUGUCAAUACCGCGCCUCGAGCUGCAAGCCGCGGUGAUGGGGACGCGCGUCGCAGCCGCAAUGAUAUAUGAACACAACGUCAAGCCCGCCUCCGUGACCUACUGGAGUGACAGCAGAACCGUUCUGACAUGGAUAAGGAAAGGAGCCAGAUCGUACAAGCCAUUCGUCGCACAUCGCUUGGCCGCCAUAGAGGAAAAUAGCAGAGUCGAAGAGUGGCGCUGGGUGCCUACAAAAAGCAACAUAGCCGACGCCGCCACCCGCGACGUCCCGACGCACUUUCAUACCGACCACGAGUGGUACUGCGGCCCUAAGUUCCUCUACGACGACCCAUCGACAUGGCCGACCGAGUCACCAGCUGACAGUCAACCGACAGGCGAGGAGAAAACAGUCACGCUCAUACAAGCGGGCGCAGCAAACCUCAUAGACGUCGUUCCCGACCCCGCUCGAUUUUCAAGGUGGGAGCGAUUGCUGCGCGCCACAGCCAGAGUACUACAGUUUAUAUCGUUGUGUAAAAAACAACAUACAGAAAAAACGUUCUACAAGCGAACAAAGAAAAAUAAGGAAAACGAUCCUGAUUGGUCGAGAGCGGUGCGAGCGCCCCGCGCGCCCGCCGAAGCUGCGCGCGCCCAAAUAUACACACGCAAGUUUAUUAUAUUGGACGCGACAUACAUUCAAAGAGCAGAGAAGCUGUUAGUUCGUGUGGUGCAACAAGAAGCCUUUAAACAAGAAAUAGCCAGUCUCGAGAGCAACAAAACAGUCGCAAGUAGUAGCCGACUGUACCCGCUGCGCAUAGAACUAAACGACGGAGUUAUAGUACUGCGAAGCCGCAUAGCUGCUGUAUACAAAGUCGCUAAAAGCGUGAAGAGUCCACCUGUGUUAGACGGCGAUCACCGUAUUACACAGCUAUAUAUAGAUUGGACACACCGUAGCCUACAACACAGCGGCACCGAGCUCGUCGUGAAUGAGGUCAGACAGCACUACUGGAUUGUGCGCCUGCGCCCGACAGUCAAGCAAGUUAUCGCGCGCUGCCUGCACUGCCGCAUACGUCGCGCGCGUGCGCCGACGCCGGCAACCGGCGACCACCCGAAGACACGCCUAGCUCAUCACCGCAGGCCGUUCACAUACACCGGGCUUGAUUAUUUCGGCCCGCUGUCAGUCACCGUCGGUCGUCAGCAUCACAAGCGAUACGUGGCGCUGUUCACGUGUCUCACAACGAGGGCAGUUCACCUCGAGAUCGCGCACAGCCUCAGCGCGGACUCAGCUGUGUUGGCGCUGCGCAGGUUCGCAGCGCGACGCGGCUGUCCCACCGAAAUCUACUCCGACAACGGCACCAACAUGCACGGUGCUGACCGUGAGCUGCGUGAGGCCUGGCAGGAGAAGGCCAGCCGACGCGGCAUCGCCUGGCGCUUCAUCACGCCUUCCGCGCCUUUCAUGGGAGGCGCCUGGGAGCGCUUAGUGCGGUGCGUUAAGACCGCGCUAGGCGCCACGCUGCACGAGCGCCACCCACGCGAGGAGGUCCUCGCGACGCUGCUCUGCGAGGUCGAGUACGUCGUCAACAGCCGGCCGCUCACUCACGUAUCUGUGAGCGGCGACGACGACGAGUCCAUCACACCGAACCAUUUCCUGCUGGGCGGCUCGGCACGCCUGCCGAGCCCCGGCACGUUCGACGAGCGAGACAUCGACAGCAAGAAGCACUGGCGGCGCGCCCAGAUACUCGCCGACAUGUUCUGGCGCCGCUGGGUGCGCGAGUACCUGCCCGAGCUGCAAUACCGGCGGGAGCCGCACGCCCGCGGCCCCGCGCUGCUGCUGGGCGACCCCGUCCUCAUCGCCGACGGCAACCUGCCUCGCAACACUUGGCCGCGAGGCCGGGUUGUGGCCGUCUACCCGGGCGCUGAUGGUGAAGUUCGGACCGCUGACGUGCGCACCGCAGGUGGCAUACUAAAGCGUCCGACGAAGAAACUCGUGCCGCUGCCUAAGUAA